AAUUUUGAAGGUGUUUUGAAGAUUUUGUUGCGCGCUGAAAAAAUUAUGUGAAAUUGUUGUAGCCAAAUUACUUAAGUUUCAAAGAUAAUUAAGUGCAAUCAACCUCUUAUUUGUGCUGUAAUUGAUAACGAACAGUAAAAAUAAUGUUUUCUAACAAUUUAAGCAAAGCUGUGAUAGCACUUCUCUCAGUAGCGUUUGCUACUCACAUUGCUUUUAAAUUCUUUCGUAAAAAGAAUCGGAGACGUGAAAUAAACGAGGUUAUUAUGUUCUCGUACGGUGCAGCAGAGUUGAAGAGGAGUAAACUUUCACGUUGCAUGAUAACCAAGAGUUUGGACCGCUUGCUUUACUACUUGAACUCUCCACGACAUAGUAUAGAUAUUUGUAUGUACGUAAUGACGAAUGCUGACUUAAUAAACGCAAUUCUGAAACUCUACAUACGUGGUAUCCAAAUUCGAGUAAUAAUUGAUGCGGACAUGGCGUUUUCUAGUGGUUCAGUAUUAAAACGUUUAGAAAAACAGGGUAUACCUGUGCGAUGGAUGAAGUCAACAAAUUUGAUGCAUCACAAGUUUUGUUUGAUUGACACUCACACUGAAGAUGCGAGAUAUACCCCUUUUGUCAUAACUGGAUCGCUGAACUGGACAAAUCAAGCUUUAAGUGGUAAUUGGGAGGAUGUUGUGGUGACCUCACAGAGAGAACUUGUUGAACAGUACCAAAUUGAAUUUGAAAGACUGUGGCUACAAUUCAAACCAAUUGUUGAUAUGUAAAAGUACCUACUUAGUUAAAUUAUAAUUUUUAUUUGUAGUCAUCACUAGAUGAUGCCUGCAGUUCGCCCGCAUGGAUUGGUCAGAUCCCCUGCAGCAUCAGGAUUGAGGAGUUGGAAUCCAAAUUUUUUAUGGAACAAUGUUGAAAGUUCCUCUAUCGGUUAAAAAAAAAUUACGCAAAUUGGUUCAGAAAUUUCAGAGAUAUCAGUGCAUUGGUAGAAAGACGCAACCUCCAUUUGUAAAGUCGGUUUAAAAAGUAGCCUAUGUAUUGGUUAAUCCUCUACUUGUCUGUAAAAGUCCCGUCAAAAUAGGUUUACCCAUUCAAACAGAUAGUCAGUUAAAUUUUAUUUAUUAGUAUAGAUUAUUAUCAUCAACCAUUGCUCGCUCUGUGCUCACUAUCUAGCAGAGUUACCUCUUGGAAUAAGAGGGUUUCGCCAUAGUCCACCACGCGGGCCAAACUGUAUUUAGUAUUAACUAUUACAUUAGGUACCUAAAAGUUUUGAUACCUAGUACAAUUAUUAUUAUUAAGUAUGAAAAAAAACUCAUUUUAUAGUUUUAAGUUUUCAUUUAUGUUGGUAGUCCCCACUGAUGGCCAUUUAUUAUUUUUUGUUUGUUUUGGUAAUUACAGGUAUUAUAACUGUAUUAAAAAUCCAUAUUGAUCAGCAUAACCUGGAAAAUAGUUCACAGUGGUACAUGUAGUUUUAUAGUUUGUAUUUUGUCAAUUAAAACACAUUUUAAUUAUAAAUUAAAGAUAAUACCUACAUAACUUUUUCAAUAAGUAAA